UGAGCGCUACGUCAGUGUGAUCCUGAAGAUGGAAGCGAUGCUCCAUAGCUGGUUUCCUCAAGUCAGAGCCCGCCCAGACCCAGACCCAGACCCAGACCCAGACCCAGGCCCAGGCCCAGACCCAGACCAGCACACUGACAACCAGGAAGAGCACCACACUCCAGCUAAGAGACACACUCCUGCGAAGCAGUACCAGACCCCAGCCCAGCCACCACCUCCAGCCUCUCCUCCCGUCGUCUCCCCCUCAGAGGGUGACCAGACCCCAGCCCAGCCACCACCUCCAGCCUCUCCUCCCGGUGACCACCACCCAGCCCUGAGAGCCUCCGGCGGACCCCUGCCCGGCUCCUUCCUCUACUCCUCUACCACUCAUCUCAAACGUCUCCACACCGCCCCCAUCUGCUCCUCCAACACAGAGACAGAGACAGCCCAGCAAGAGCCACCGGGCCUGGUCAGACCCUCCAUCGCCUGCUCCCUGGGAUCCAACCGUCCAGCCGACGACCAGGAACAGACCCAAGACGACGCGGUCUCCUCCAGCACUGACCCCCAGGGGAGCACUGUGGACCCCCACCUCCAGACUCACCCUUACAGAGUCAGACCACGAGCCCACCGACGAGGGCCUCCGUCGGGGAAGAUCAGCUCGCCCUGCCUGGAGAGGCUGCUCCAGUCCAAGGAGAGCGUCAUCUCACCCAGAAACAUGGGAGGUCAGAGUCCGGGAGGUGGUGGGGAGAGCGUCAUCUCACCCAGAAACAUGGGAGGUCAGAGUCCGGGAGGUGGUGGGGAGAGCGUCAUCUCACCCAGAAACAUGGGAGGUCAGAGUCCGGGAGGUGGUGGGGAGAGCAUCAUCUCACCCAGAAACAUGGGAGGUCAGAGUCGGGGAGGUGGUGGGGAGAGCAGCCGUUUGUAACAGCUAGACUCAGACAUGGUCCAUGGAGGAGAUAAGGACUGAUCUGGGCACAGAGUUGACCCGGCAGAGACAGAGCUGUAUCUUUCCACAACAGGCUCUCCAAUACAGCAGGGGGCAAAGGACGCUGUCUGAGCAGGACGCUGUCUCUUUAAGAGCUGUGUGUCAUGUGAUCCAUCAUGUGAUCUAACUACGGUUUGUUUAUCUGCAGUAAGACACUGAGACAUGGAGGAGACAUAUUAUAGACCUGCAGUAAGACACUGAGACAUGGAGGAGACAUAUUAUAGACCUGCAGUAAGACACUGAGACAUGGAGGAGACAUAUUAUAGAC